CUGAGGAUAUGGGGCAUCAGAUAACACGGACAGGGCAGGCCUUGAGCUGCGACUUGCGGGAACAUGGCGAAGUGUGGUCCGCUAGCUAGCGCUAUUGCGAACUUGCAUCACAGGCUAAACGCUAGCCCAAACGUGACUUCAACCAUCAGGUAAUACAUUGCACAUGUAACAAACGCAAUCGUGGGAGCGUUUCAUACGGUCAGCGUAGUUCCCGCCAACCCCCCGACGGUGCUUUGUCCCACGCCAGCGGUGUACAGUAUCCAAACAGUAUGACACGGGAAAAUAGACACACUGAUAACUGGGUGCGGCUCGCUGGCGACAUCAUUCGCAAACUUGCCAAGCGCAUGCACCCAAACGAUGUCGCUGGGGCGCUGCAGUUCAUCAACAAGGAGACAAAAGCGAGCCUGGGUGGCAUCUACAAAAGCAUUCGCGUGGUCAGUCGACAGCUGGAGCUGCCCCACGGCCUAGGCGAGGUCACGACGGCAGACAACUCCUUCCCAGGCUACGCCUUCUCCACCUACUGGGACCGCCCGGAGCCAUGGCGCGCGUUGUCGCGGCCGCGGCGACUGUGGCUGCUGCGCCUGGCCGCCUCCAGCCACCACGCCGCCAGCCUGGAGGUCGCUCUGGCGCAUGCCGGUGUGGGACUGGAGGGCGCGGUGAUGGAGUCGGCCGCGGCGGCGGGCGACCUGGCGGCGUGCCGGCGGCUGCUGGAGGAGGGGUGCGACUGCGGUGGGGCGCUGCUGGUGGCUGCGGCAUGCGACCAUCUGCACAUCCUGCAGUGGGUCUGGCAGGACGCGUAUGAGCAGCUGCCGAGGCUGCCUGGUGUGUUUCGUUGGUGCUGGAGCGAUCUGGCAAACGCCGCGCUCACCGGCAGCGGCGACAGCGGCCGGGUGCUGAGCUGGCUGCAGACCCACUGGCCGACGCCACCGCCACCGCCGCGGAGCUGCACGGCGGAGCAGCUGCCUGCAGCGGCCUUGCCAGGAGGGGAGGAAGAGGAGUUGGAGGAGGAGGAGGAGGAGGAGGAGGAGGAGGAGGAGGAGGAGGAGGAGGAGGAGGAGGAGGAGGAGCAGGAAGUGGAUGAGGAGCGGGAGCAGGAGCACUGGGAGCAGCAGCAGCAGAGCGGUGAUGAGGUGGACAUGGCGGACGCGGGUGCCGAGUCCUCCGUGGCAGCCAUGGACGGUCAGGCGGCGGCGGGUGCUGCUGCGGAUGUUGACGCACAACAGCACGUAGCAGCAGGGGACUGCUGGGCUGAUGUCGUGCUAGUGCGACCCGCAGCGAAGGACGAGGUCGCAAUGGCUGCUGGCGCCGAGGGCGCGGGAGCUGAGCAGGGACCGGCGGUGUGCCCACGCGGUGCCACAAUGGUGCUUGCGGCGCCGGCCGAGACGACCGCGCAGGCGGCACACUUACCAGCAGCGCCGCCCCUUGCUGCCGCACCGCCAGCAGCCACCAUCACCACCACAGCAGACGCAGACACAGCGGUGGCCACAUCGCUGUCGCCUGUGCUGGCGCCCGUGCCGCCGCCUGACGCAUACGUGCCCCGCCACGACAAGCUGCCGGCCGUGUUCCAGGCACUGGCCCGCGGCGGCCACAGCGACGCACUGCUCCGGCUGCUGGACCGGCGCACCGCCGCCUACCUGAUUAGCGUGUCCGAGGGCCACCGCUGGCCCCCCCUCACCGACACCCUGUGCCACGUGGCGCUGGGCUGCUGUCCGCUGGAGACGCUGCAGGCCGUGCAUGGUCAGUGGGUCGCACGCUGCGGCGCCGCGCCGCCCCUCACGCGGCAUCGCGUGCUCGCGCACGCCAUCGGCAGCACUGUGGAGUGGCAGGCCAAAGCCGACUUCCUCCUGUCGCACCUGCUGCAGCAGCAGCAGCAGCAGCAGCAGCAGCAGCAGCAGUGGGAGCCCCAGGCCCAGCCCGGGCCCGAGCCCGAGGAGACGGUGCGUGCUGAGGUGCGCGGCGUGGCGGCGGCUGUGCAGGUGGAGCCGGAGCUGCAGGCGGUGUGGGCGGCGGCGGCGGGGCAGGCCGACUACCUGGACCGGUGGCGCUACCUCGCGGCAGGGGGCCUGCAGGAUGGCACCUGGCAAGCGCGGGCCGCACAGGCGGCGGCCGCCGCCGGCAAUGCGGCGGCGCUGGGGGAGCUGCUGGAAGAGUGGGAUGCCAUGGCGGCGGCGGCGGCGGCGGCGGCUGGUGGCAACAUGGGCGCAGGACCACACCUGGCGUGGACACCGCCACCGCCCGACACACUCACCGACACGGCCGCAGCCGGCGGGCACGUGGCAGUGCUGCAGCUGCUGCGGCAGCGGCAUGAUCCCACCCUGCUGCGUGCGCAGCACCUGCUCUUAGCGGCAAGCAACAAGCACAUUGAGGCUGUGCGGUACCUGGCGGCGGAGGCGGUGGCGGUGGCGCAGGAGCAGGCGGUGGCCGGGGUUGCGGGGGCCCCUGGCAUUGGCAACAAUGGCGCCUCUGAGGCCACGGAUGCGCACUCAAGUUUUGCGUUUCGCGAGGUGGCGGCGGCAGGCGCGGAUCUGCCGUUGCUGCGGCUGCUGCACGAGCGGUGCGGCGCUGACAUCGACCUGGACGCGGUGGCGACAGGCGGCAGCGUGGAGGCGUUGCAGUGGGCGGUCGAGACGCUGCCGGCGCAGACCGUGCUCGCCGCCCUCAACCCCAGUCGGGUGUGGAGUGUCGCAGCAAGCGGCAACCUGGCGGCGGCGGACUGGCUGAUUUACCAGCGGGGGCUCAUCAUAACCGGGUCAGAAGACGUCGGUGGGACGGUGGCGGCAGCGAAGGCGGCAGGAGCCACUGGCGGGAGCGGAGCAGCGGCCGCCAACAAAGGAGGCAGCAGGGCGGUGCUGAUGCUGAUGCUUCCGGAGGAGGGGGAGCUGCUGCAGUGGUUCGUGGGCGGAGGCGUCUUCAAUCGAGUCCUGAGCCGCGUUCGGAUGUGGGUGGCGCGCCAGGCGCGGUUUAUAGCUGUUGCUGGGGCCGCUGGUGCAGCCACUCGGGUAGGCAGCAGCAGUAGCAGCUGGGGCCGGUUGAUGCUGGAGGAUUGGGCGCGGCUGUUGGAUUUGGUGCAGCCGCCGGGGGCUGUGGUGGCGCUGCCGCCGCAGCAGUUACUGUGGCUGCGGCGGCAGCGGCAGGCGGCGGCUGACCGGCUGCUGCUGCCGGUUGGGGAGGAGGAGGGGAAAACGCGUUGAGGCGGUGGCGGGGGUGGCGGCUGCGGUGGUAGCUAGCAGCGCUCGCUGCAGCCGGGUUUGGCACGGCGCGCCGACUGCAUGUGGGAGUGCAGGUGCGGGUGUGGUGGGUGCCAAUGGCACAGCGGUGUAGGGGGGGGAGUCAACCAGAGGGCCGUGGGCCAGCCGGCAGGUGUGCUGCUGCGGAGUGGUGCGCUGUGCAUGGGGCAGCCGGCGUUGGCCGGGCGUGGAAGGGCAGGCAGUAGCAGCAGCAGCAGCAGCAGUAGCGGUGCAUACAGGUGCAUGCACGUGGGCCAGAGUUGCAGUGGGCGCUGCAAGGGCGGGGCAGCGGAGGUGAUGUGGUUGCUCGCGGCGCGGCAGAGGCCAGGAGGAGGCAGACGGAAGUGACCAUGCCCAAAAGUGAUUCCAUGCUGGGCGGGGGGACACCGGGUGCGGCAUAUGUGUGCUGCUGCGCGCGGGGACCCGUGCGUGGGGUGCGUGGCGGCCAGCGCGGUGCCAGACACUGCUGACAUGCCACAAAAGGUUGGCAGCACGUUGGUACAGCUGAAGCAGAUAGAGCCCUGCUGACGUAUACGUACUCUCGUUCGCUGGCCUGACCCCGUCAGGCCCCAGUCAGGCAUGAGGCACAGCAUCAUGUAAGUUCCGCUAAUU